AUGACAGAAAGAACGCCAUCCUUUGGAAAGCAUUGCAAUAAGACGCACACGUUGUGCCGCCACUGUGGCUAUGUCUACCACCUUCAGAAGUCGACCUGUGGCAAAUGUGGCUACCCUGCCAAGCGCAAGAGAAAGUAUAACUGGAGUGCCAAGGCUGAGAGAGAAAACAUUACCGGGACUGGGCAGAUGAGGCACCUAAAAAUUGUCUAUGGAAGAUUCAGAGAUGGAUUCCGUGAAGGAACAUCGUCUAAACCCAAGAGGGCAGCGGUUGCAGCAUCCAGUUCAUGUUGA